AUGAAGAAAGUAGCACAACCGUCACAGUUAAAUGUAACAGUUCAUGAAGGUGGUACCAAAGCCUUCAUUUAUACGUAUGAUGAUAUGAGCCUUGGUUGUGAUAAUGAAAGUAUUCUUAAGACAGAAGCUGACAGUUCCAACAAUAAAUCUUCUAAAUUUGGGAGAGUAAAUGUAUUUCUGAGUAUUAUAGAAAAUGAUAAUAUCAAUAGUCGAGCAAAGCUUCUGCUGACUAAAUGA